AUGCUUCCAGCAGUUUACGGUCAGUUGGCGGAUCCUUUGGCUCACGUCGCCGCCCUCGCUCAAUCCGCUAAUGAACCAGUUGUUGGUUAGUUCACCAUGAAUAAUUAUUUUGCGAUGAUUUGCAUCCCUGAAAUUUCCGGGCAAUGAAUGUUUCGAAAUUCAUCCUUUUUUCAUCAUCGUCACGACUUUUUUGAGCCUUUUAUUUAACGAAAAAAAAAUUGCUUGAGCAGCUUUUGUCUUCCAGAAUUUUGAUCUUGUUUAUGAAAUGACAUUUUAACCUGUUUCUAGACGGCCUUAGAUUCGAAACUAACUAAACCGGUCAAGUAUGCUCAAAAUGAAUGUGUCUGUUUCUUAGAAAAGAAAACUUUCAGGGUCUCGGGAUACAAUGUUCACCAAAAUUUUCGUUGGCGGACUGCCGUACCACACCAGCGACAAAACUCUGCACGAGUAUUUUGAGCAGUUCGGUGAAAUCGAAGAGGCCGUCGUGAUCACCGACCGACAGACGCAGAAAAGCCGCGGCUAUGGCUUUGUGAGUCUUUCCUUCUUCUGACUCGGUUUAAUAUUACUACGGUGCGCCCCCGCGGAGACGCGUUAGUCGCCUGAUUUUGAUGGAUCUGCGCAUGUGGUGUGGCUCAUCGUUCGAGUCGAUUGAUACUUCGAAGCAAAAGCCAUCAAAAAUCAGAUACUAAAGUGUCUGCGAUGCGAAACGGACUCUGCCGAGCUAUAAGAUCAUGAAAGGAUAUCGAUCCAAAGAGAAAGCUUUUAUCAGGAAAAAAAAUAGUAAAUCAGAAAAAGAAAAAGAAAAUAAGAAAAUCAAAAAUAAUUUUGGGACAUUUGAUAUCUUUACUCGCAAAUUUGUGCAGUUUAAGGUACGCCAAUUUUUUUUUUGAGAUCAAAAUAACUACAUCUUCAACUUUUUAUCGCUUUUUUAAUAGUUUUGUUAUCCUUUUUUUCGAGAUACGGUUUAAAAUGUUUUUUGACAGAAUUUUUGUUCAGGUCACAAUGAAGGAUCGUCUUGCUGCGGAACGGGCUUGCAAAGACCCCAACCCAAUCAUUGACGGCCGCAAGGCAAACGUCAACUUGGCCUAUCUUGGUGCCAAGCCACGAACCAACGUCCAGCUUGCUGGUAACAUUUUUUCAUUUUGCAGUUGAAGCAAAUGUUUUUUUCGCAGCUUUGGCGAGCCAGGUCCAGGUUCCUCUCCAAACUCAGCUCCAGGCUCUCUUUCCGAGAAUCGGGUAUGUCUUUGCUCGUGUGUGACUUCCUCUUUCCUAUCGUUCCUCUCUAUAAGACAAGCACUUCGGGUGUUCCCCAAAAUAAUUUUUUCUCUUUCCAGCGCAAACAGCGCAAACUAUUUAGAUUCGGGUUACAAAAAAUGACAUUUUCUAGCCUGUUGCGCUACUGAGAAUCCGGUGACUCAUCGAGAAAGUGAGCAAUAGUUAAGGUUAGGCGUGCGUGAUGUGUGCCAAUUUCAUUAUUCUUUUCAUUAUAUAUCAAGUGCUGUGUUUGAAGUGAAGAAUACUUUUUUCUCCCAACCCUUCCGGUAUCAUCGGAGAAUUACCAAAGCUAAGCCAAAUGAAAUGCUUAAUAUUUUCAAAGGUUCAUUUCCUUGCUGAGGGUGCUUGAGCUCGCUUUUUUCCCUAACGGUUGCAAUAGUUCCACGCAAUUCUACGUAGUACAAUUAUUUCAUCUUUCACACCCACCCAGAAAUUAAAAGAACGCACGAGGUUGUGCUAAAAUUCCAUUUUAAACCUCAAAGCGCAACCAGAACUCUAUAAAAAGAUGUUGGGUUUGCGUAUUCAAGUUAUCUAUUCUUAACUUCAAAUUUUAAGGAGUUUCAGGUGAAAAGAUUUCCUUUUAUUCUUUGGGAAUUUUCGGCAAAUUUGAGAGUAUUUAGCUCCCCGUGUGACUUGAAUAUAUGACAGGAAAGUCGGUCUGAAAAGUAAAUUUUUACAAAAAAGGUCGUCUCAGUUUUUAUUCGUCAGGAAAACUCGGACUUGUUUAAUGAAAAAUUUUGAUUUUAGGUAUCUGCGCAAACCUUCAACUGUCUAUAUUUAAAGUUAUGGAAAAAGCAUUAAUUGUUGAUUAAAUAUUAUAAAUAACAUAGUGAAAUUAGAUGAGUUGAUUUGAAGUCAAAACGAAAACCGUUUGGAAGAUAGAAGAAAAGUUUUCUAGCGCAGUCCUGGCGCAACAUGGGGUUUAACUAACAAUCCGACGCAACUUUUUCAAACAAUCAAUAAACAUAUUUCGGACAUUUCAUCGAACACGCAUGAGCGUGCCAUUUUGGGUGAUAUUGUGACAACCACUGUGCUUUAUUUCGAACAAUCAUCAACAACUCCUUGCUUUUUUUAACCUCAAAAGCACGAUUGGUGUUUAGGAUACCGCAGCUGUACUACCCAGCUGCAACUACUGGAAUCAUGAACCAGUUGAUCGCUCCGGGCGCCGCAGCUCAGCCGCCCAUCUUCGACUAUCAGGCGCUCGCUGCCGCCGUCGCCAACAGUCAAAAUCCCGGGGCUGCUUAUGGUCUCGCCGGCCCUGCCAAAUGUGUGUUUUUAAACAAAUCUAUCAAGUUUUCUCAAUUUCUCUUUCCUUUCAUUUUUGAAUAAGAUAUAUGAUUUCAGUCCCUGUGGCGACGGCUACUCCUGGCCUUGAGCAGUACGGCUACACCGGCUACGGACUCGUUCCCGGCGCAUACAACCUCCAAGCUGCUCAGCAACUUGCUCAGCAGCAGCUUGAGCACCAGCGGGUGUAG